AUUCAGAUGCACAACUUCGACUUUUUUAUGGGUGGAAAAAAUUACCUUUUUCUUGUUGUUUUUUUGGAAUAUAGCACUUUGGUUCUUGUUUUUGUUCUGAAUCUUGAAACGUUGGAUUGCAGAAAUGGCAACAGGUGGAGCUGCACCCCAGAGAGGAACAGCAGCAGCAGCUGCAGCUAAUCUUCGCCGGAGAAGGACAGCUGGCGGCGGAGCUGCUGGCGGAGCGAGUGGGACCAUGCUCCAGUUUUACACAGACGAUGCACCGGGACUCAAGAUCUCUCCUAAUGUUGUUCUUGUAAUGAGCAUUGGCUUCAUUGCUUUUGUUGCCAUUCUUCAUGUGAUGGGCAAGCUUUACUUUGUCCGUAAAGAGUAGAGAAGAUGGUCCAAUGUCGGCUUAAUCCUGAACUUGGAUUACGGCAGUAAUAGAUAUUAUAAUACUUUAGGUUGCUUUUCCGGAAGGAUUUUGUUUUCGUUUUGUUUUUUCGUUUUAAUUUGUAACAGUUGUGUUUUUUCGGUUAACUUUGGGAUCAAUGAAAAGGGAAACUUGCUUAUUGACAA